AUCCUUGGGGAGAGGCACUUUGAGGAGGACAUCCGACAGAUCUGCUGCAAAUGCUCGCAGCAUUUUGUCUGUGAGUGGGAAGAGACAGCACACAUGGAUACCAUUCCGUCAAACCCAUAGCAACUGUGAAUACAAGCUGAAGCACAUGAUAGACUUUGUGAGGAACCUGCCGUGCAAUAAUGUCAAGCCUUUGUCCACGGGGGCAGACAUCUUGGAAGAGGGCGUGGUCAAGGCAAUAGAAGAGGAGGUGGACAGAGUUAAUGAGGAAAACAGGAGAAACAGAAGAAAGUCAAGAUGCAAGUGAAACCUCAUUUGUUGUUCAGACCCCUCAUCAACCAAGGCCCCUUGGUGCCGGACCAGACUGCCACCUACUGGCUGUACGACCGGGUGGUAGCUGUGAAGCUGGGAUACCCCGUCCCCCUUGGAUUGCGGGGAACGGUCGUCAGCAUCCACCCUGAUGAGAAGGAGAGCGACACGCUGUAUGAUGUGAAUUUAUCGGAGGAAUCAAUGUCAGAAGAAUGGUGGGUUUACCAGCAACAAUCCCCAAUUUGUUACACCAAAAGUCACACAAACACAGUUUUCUAAACGAACACCAAACAGAACUCAACAGACAGGAGGAAAGACACAACCUUCCCAAGAUGCAACCAGCAACUCAGAGUUUGCCAACAUGUGGAAGGAGCUGCAGGCCGGCACAGUACAGACAGCGCCAUCAAGUGGCAACCUCAUCCAAGAACCGUCACUCCAACAGGCAGCACUUGCAUUGGGGCAGAUAACUCCUCCUACAACACGGCACCAGAAGAAACCAGAACUGAGUGGACGUGGUGACAGCGUUAAUGAAUCAGAGAAUGGUAGCAGUAAGAAGAUCGAUCUGCAGACUCUGUUUGAUCGUGCUAGCUUGCAGAAGGAAGCCGCGGAGAAAGAUGAGUUCAUUGCCAUGAUGGACUCUCUGGAGUUGUCCGGGAAGACCCAGAAGGAGGAAGAGGUCGUAGGAGGAAUCAACAGUAAUAAUAAUGCCACGGAACAGGAUGGUAGCUCUGCACUGAAACACAUGCUGAAGAUCGGAUCGGACACUAGUACAACGCCAGAGGGAGGUAGUGUGCCCAAUACUUCAUCACCAACAAAAGCAUAUGGGAAACAGUUAUCAGUGCAGGAACUGUUUGAUGGUGCUAAACAACAGGAGACCUCUCCACCACAACCCAAACAGCAGCAACAGGAACACCAACAGCAGCAACAACAACAACAACAACACCAACAGAAGGGGCAAGACAAUUGGCAGCAACAAGGUCAGGGACAAAGACCACAUCAACAGCAAGGUCAAAGGAAACAGCAUCAAGGUCAAGGUCAUGUGAACCACCGACCUCAUGACUCUGGACCUAGGUUAGACACAGGGUUUCAUCGCUUACUGCCAGGUGUCGACUUCGGCGCUAGGUCCACUCAGUUCAGCUCUGGAGUUCAAUGCACGGGCUCCUACGUCUAG